CAUCAUCUACUUGCCGGCUCCUACAACAGCAAUAACAUCAAUAAAAACCUUCAAAUUUCUUCACUAUGUACCGCAUCCAAGUUUUAAUCCUCGCCCUACUUGGCCUCGCUGUCUCUGUUCAAGCCUACUGCAAGAGAGCAGUCGGUAUCCGUGUCAUGACCAACAACAAUUGCCGUGUUGCCUACUGUGGUCCAAGGACCUGCUACUACCAACCUUGUCAUUACAUUUGGAUCUACCAUGAUGAUGGAUCUUACACCGGUGGCUUCCAGAUCGCUGCUGCUGCCAACUUUAAUGAGGGCAAGCAAGAUCAGGUUUACGAAUGGGCAUUCUAUGGAACCAAAGACGGCAAGGGUAUGAGUGUCUUUGCUAAUGGUUGCGGUGGCAAUGGAGGUAACGGUGGUUUAGGAGGAAUGGGUUGUGAAGGAAAGGCUGUCAGGAGAACCAACAUUAGCCUCCCCGGAGUCAGCAAGGUCUACUAUGAUUGUGGACGGCUUCCUCCAGUCCCCAAGUAGAGGAACUAAGCGUCAAAUCGAAGAUGCUUUCCGAUUGAAUUGUGUAACAUAAUCUGAAGAAAUGCGAUGCAAUGCAAAUUCGAGGUUUAUGUAAUACCCUCUAACUUUUUCUAGUAAG